AUGAAAUUGGUUGAUAUUUUACUUGUACUGACUGCGGCAGCAACCGCCAAUGCAAUACUGAUCCCAAGUGAUAACGAUGGUUCACCCAAAGCAUCAGGCACUUCAAGCCAAGUGUCUGGUCCAACCAAUGAACCUAAUCCAGACACUUUCGAUGAAUACCAGCAAGAGCCAAUGGAUUUAAGCCUUCCUAACCGAUACCGGCAACAGCUAAUUGAUUUGACUAUUUCCAACAAAUACAAGCAAGAACCAGUUGAUGAAUCCAAUUCAAACACUUUUGGUGAAUACCAGCAAGAACCAAUGGAUUUAAGUAUUUCCAGUCGAAUCCAACAACAACCAAUUGAUCAACUCAGUCCGAGCACUUCCAAUCAAGACCAGCAGAACCCGAUUGAUGAGGCUGGUUCAGCUACUUCCGACCAAACUCAGCGGCAACCAAUAGAUAUGGUUGAUCCAAGUACUUCCAGCCAAAACCAACAGCAACCAAUGAUCCAUGGCAGGUCUUCAAAUACUGUCACAAAUCAAGUGACUGGAUUAAGCGAAAGAUAUCAGAGAAGCUUUAAUCGUAUAAAGAAAAAACUUGUAGCGCUUAAAACGAUACGAAAGGAAAAACACCAAGAAUAUUAUGACUGUAUAGCCCUUAAAUUUGCUCAGCAGUUUGCGUUGGAAAUGGGUAAAGAUAUAUCUGAUUCAAAGUAUAACCCAGAGGAUGAAGCCCGAUUGAAAAAAGAGUAUGAAAAGGCAAAAAAAGCAGUAUACAUUAUCAGACAACAAUUGAAAAGGUUUAUGAAAAAGCGUGGUUUGAGAUUUGAAGAACCGAAUUAG